ACCGGUAGAUACGGAGAACGGCUCAACUAAGAAAAUGAUAAGGUCAUUCGAAUUACUGUGGCGAGCGAGUUUAUUGCUACAAUGAAACUGAAAAAAAUAGUACUGGCGAUAGGAAUGAACGGAUGAUUUCUAUAGAGGCAAAGUCGAACCAAGGGGGCAGGCAAAUUUGAUAUAAAUACCCCGGAGGGGGGGCAAUGCGCUGUUAUCUGAGACCCUUGUGUCUGUCAGUGUGCAAGUAGACGCCAGAGCGGAGGAAGGUUUUGCUAAACCAAUCAAGGUGGAAUUGUACAAAACGAGUUCCACGUCCGGUGUAAUACGCACAUUACUGUGUUUGUGGGGGACGUGAAACAAGGAUGAUGCGCCUGGCUUGCUGCACCGUCCUCCUCUUCCUGCUCCGUCUCUUGGUGGGCCUGCCCUGGUUCCAGGUCCUCCCCUCCAUCCUCAUCCUCUACCUGGGCUCUGGAGGCUGGAAGUUCCUCCUCAUUUUCGCCAAAACCAUCAGAAGAGAUUUACAUGCGGCAGGCGUCCUCCUCAAGGUGAAGUCAAACGUCAAUCGUCACCUGAAGGAACGAAACACCCUCCCUAAAAUCUUCGCCGAGACGGUGCGUCGCCAUGGGGACAAGACUGCGCUCAUUUUCGAGGGCACAGGCGAGAAGUGGUCCUUCCGGCAGCUGGAUGAGUACUCCAACCGUGUAGCCAACCUGCUGCUCCAGAGGGGCUUCGUGGAAGGGGAUGUGGUGGCUCUCUUCAUGGAGAACCGGUCCCAGUACGUGGGCCUCUGGCUGGGCAUGGCCAAGAUAGGAGUGGAGGCUGCUCUGAUCAACUUUAACCUGCGGCUGGAGGCCCUGGUGCACUGCGUCACCAUCUCAAACGCUAAGGCUGUGGUGUUCGGCAGUGAGCUGACCGAGGCUGUGUGUGAGGUCCACAGUUCCAUGGGGAAGACGGUACAGAUGCUGUGUUCAGGGGACUGGGACCCCAAACGUGUCCCUACAGGGACAGAGUGCCUGGAGCCUCUACUGGAUGACGCUCCGACCCACCUGCCCAUCCGCCCAGAUCGCUGCUUCACUGAUCGUCUGUUCUACAUCUACACAUCUGGGACCACCGGGAUGCCCAAAGCUGCCAUCGUGGUGCACAGCAGGUACUACCGCAUGGCAGCCUUGGUAUACUACGGCUUCGGUAUGACGUCUGAUGAUGUGUUGUAUGAUUGCCUUCCACUCUACCACUCCGCAGGAAACAUUGUUGGCGUGGGGCAGUGUCUGAUCCACGGCAUGACGGUGGUCAUCAAGAAGAAGUUCUCUGCCUCCCGGUUCUGGGACGACUGUGCCAAGUACAACUGCACGAUUGUCCAGUACAUCGGGGAGAUCUGCCGGUACCUGUUGAACCAGCCGGUAAAGGACAUCGAGGGUAAACACAAGGUCCGUAUGGCGCUCGGUAACGGCCUGCGCCAGUCCAUCUGGGAAGAGUUCACCUCUCGCUUCAACGUACCACAGAUAGCAGAGUUCUACGGAGCCACAGAGUGCAACUGUAGCCUGGGAAACUUCGACAACAUGACAGGAGCAUGUGGCUUCAACAGCCAGAUCCUCCCCUUCAUCUACCCCAUCAGACUGGUGAAGGUAGAUGAGGAGACCAUGGAGCUCAUCAGAGGCCCCGAUGGCGUCUGCAUCCCCUGUGGGCCUGGUGAACCCGGCCAGUUGGUAGGCAGGAUCAAUCAGAAAGACCCCCUGAGAAGGUUUGACGGCUACGUGAACGAAGGAGCCAACAGCAAGAAGACUGCUAACAGUGUCUUCAAGAAGGGAGACACUGCCUAUCUCUCAGGUGACGUCCUAGUCAUGGACCAGUAUGGUUACAUGUACUUUAAGGAUCGUACAGGGGACACGUUCCGUUGGAAGGGAGAGAACGUGUCGACCACAGAGGUGGAGGGAACCCUGAGCCGUCUGCUGGACAUGAAGGACGUGGUAGUCUACGGAGUGGAGGUGCCAGGGGCUGAGGGGAAGGCUGGGAUGGCCGCCGUAGCAGAUCCAGAGAGAUCUACAGACCUGGAGAAGUUUGGGAAGGAUCUGGAGAAAGCUCUGCCACCCUACGCACGACCCGUCUUCCUACGCUUCCUCAAAGAGGUCAACAAGACAGGCACCUAUAAGUUCCAGAAGACAGACAUGCGGCGGGACGGUUUUGACCCCAGCAUGGUAUCAGACAAACUGUACCUCCUGGACCCCACCAGGGGGCGCUAUGUGGAGCUGCAUCAGGAGCUCUACAGCAGCAUCAUCUCAGGGAAGCAGAAACUGUAACUGUGAGAUCGGAUCACUCUUGCCACCCCCCCACCAAAAAAAGAAAUAUCACCCCAUCCACCCACACACACACACACACACACACACCCUAUUCCUGAAGUCACUCUCCCUCCCCCAGAGAAACUCUUAACUCUUACAACCCACCUCUCUGCUCUCUCUAAGCCCACACCCCUCGUUACUUCAGUGACCACAGGGAGGGGCAGCUGGCUCAUCCAGGUCACAUGACAAGCCAAUCUGACACCAUAUCCCACGAUAGACCUAGAGCGACCUUUGACCUCUAAAGGCACCCCCCCAGAGCUUGACCUUGACCUUGACCUUGACCUGCCCUGGAGCUAUAGGAACGCUCGCUGGAAGGACACAGCUCGCUGGCUGAGAGGGGUGUGUGGCAUGUCCAGAAUGCAAAAACAUAGUAACUUACUCCAAAUGUAAGAGUCCUAGCUAUAGGAACUUGACACAGUGAAAGAACUUGAAUUGAUUGAAGGAAACAGUCCUGUUGGGCUGUCGGUUUGUCCGUCUCAUGUUGAGGUCAUUCCCUCAUAGGUCCAACCUGCACACUGCCCAGUCAGUGACCAGUGGCUUCUGUUGUGACACAAAAAUGGGUGAUUUGGUUUUAGUGGUGUUGACUCGGCACAUCCAUGUUAGACAUACAGUACAGCUAACCUGAAACUGAUGGAUUUAAGUGCAAUAGGGCUCCAGCAGAGUGGCAGUGUACAGCUGUGAAGAAGCUCUCGAAUAUAUUUAAAUGUCUGCAUUAUACCAAAUAUAUUUAAUUUGUAGAAUAGUCUUUACACGUUUUAAAACAAAAGGAUGAUUGUAUGUUCAAGUUCCUGAUAAUAUGCCAAUUCAAAUUCUAAUCAUGUUUUACUAUAUCCACAAUUGUGCUCCGCUUUCUCCUAACCUCACCCACUAGGGGUGCUCCACAUAGUCUUCAACUAUAGAAUCUACAGACCAACUCCCAGCUGCUGGAGCACCAAUAACUCUUACAGUUUCAAACCUGGUUCUGAAUGUUCUGAUUCUGGGUAGAAGAUUCAGAUUCUGAAUGUCUUGAUUCUGGGUAAAUUCAUUUUUUUUGUUGUCUGUGUCAACAUUGUGCAGGUUGGGCCCAAUGGAUUGGCUUUGUCUUGUAUGGCACAGUAGACAUUUUAAAGCUUGCUGAAGAGCGUGCUGAAGUGAAAAGCACUAACCUCCUCUGUCUCUGAGGUGUUGUUGAGGAUAAUACUCUGGUUCUACGGACAGAAGGAGACUCUGACUCUGGCUCAGGUCAGUUAAAACUGGGGUUGGAACAAAAACCUACAGGAGGAUAACUCUCCAGGAACAGGGUUUGAGAGACCUGAUCUAAAGAUGGUCCUUGCUCGAAGGGGGAGGAGGAGAGGAAAAAUAUUCUUAUUUUCGUUAUUGUUUGUUCUUCUACUUUCUUGUUUCAUCUUCUCAGCAGCAUGAAUGAUCAACAGAGUACUGUGCCUUUACUGUGAGUUUACCCUCUUACCCUCAGAUUCACAGACCCUGUCCCCAUCACCCCCUACCCUAACCCUUUACUCCAUACAGUCCCCAUCACCCCCUACCCUAACCCUUCACUCCAUACAGUCCCCAUCACCCCCUACCCUAACCCUUCAAUCCUAACCCUUUACUCCCUACAGUCCCCAUCACCCCCUACCCUAACCCUUCCUCCAUACAGUCCCCAUCACCCCCUACCCUAACCC